GAUUGAUCUCGUACUCAACCAAAUACGUUUCGUUCAUCAGCGAUAUUACUCAUUUUGCAAUGAACUUCGACGCGGAAAACACUGUCGGUGAUCCCGGACCCUUGACAACCGCUGCACAAGAGCCUGACUUGGUCCCUCAAGCCGUGCAAUCCAUUCUGGCGGACACCAUCAACGCCUUUCUGAGCGAGACUGGAUAUAGUCCGGGCCUUCUGAUCGAGCUACGUGCACAGCGCGACUGGCUCAACUGACUGCGCGACGAGAAUGCGCGACUAUUCCACGAUAACAGCAAGCUCGCGCAGUUGGUCGCC